CCCCAUCAUGCACAGCUCCUCCCCAUGCACGCCAGCCCCCAUAAAAGCGUGGACGUGGGUGACUGAUGGCAUUCACCUCUCCUUCUGGGCUCAGAUCACGAAAAGGCUCUGCAUUGCAGGGAAAUCUUUCUUCACAGCAAGAUGUCCUGCUACGACCUGUGCCCACCAAAAACCAGCAUGGCCGUGCCCCAGCCCAUUGCUGAGAGCUGCAACGAGCUGUGCGCGCGCCAGUGCCCCGACUCAACGGCCUUCAUCCAGCCACCGCCCGUCGUCGUCACCUUCCCCGGCCCCAUCCUCAGCUCCUUCCCCCAGCAAGCCGUGGUGGGCUCCUCCGGAGCACCCGCCUUUGGGGGCUCCCUGGGGCUGGGGGGCCUCUACGGCGCCGGGGCCACUCAGGGCUCGGGGGGCCUCUGCACCUUUGGCAGACCCUACGUGUCUCCUGCCUGCAGCCCCUGCCCCUUGCCCCGCUACAGCAGGAAGCUGUGGGACAACUGUGGGCCCUGCUAAACCUAUCCUCACAGCCCUUCUAUCUGGCAGAAACCAUACUUAGUAGGAGUGUUCACAUUCGAUGCCACCAUUGAUAUUUUCUAAUAUGUUUUGUCUUCCUUUCUGCAUAUUUGUCUGUAAGUCCACUUUCAUCAAUGUUUCUGAAUUUGGCCUUUAUUACAUGUUGUGUAUCUGUUAAUAUUUCAUGUAGUCUACAUUUUUUCUUUUUAUUUCUCUUCUCGCUUUGUAUUGCACACUGAAUUUGUCUGUGCUUGAGUUUUAUACUGUCUUUUGCAACCAUAGAAGUUAUAUGCUUCUCUCAUUAUUCUUCUUGUCA